UCAACAACAGGGACUACCCCUGACCCAUCAUCCUCUGCAGGUAAAAGCGCUGUUCAGAUCACAGCUGAGGAGACCACCACUGCUGUUUCAGAAGGGACUGUCAGCCCUGCAGAAGAAACCACCCAUUCCCAAGCAAAAAUGUCCACAGAAGAAUUACCAGCCACUUCAUCAGCUGUACCCACACCUGGAAGCUAUUCUACCAAUACUAGGCCACCCAGGUUCACCCUGGUAGCUUUCCAUUCCACCUUCGCAGGUGAAGGCUCUUCUACCAUCAGCACUACGGCCAAAGUCACUUCCAAUUCUGUUGCUCCCACCAUUUCACAAACCACAACCAGCCCCAGUCUCACUACUACAGCACCAAAGGCAAGCUCAGCAACUCAACCCACCACUGGCCCAUUGCUAAGCACAUUGCUAACCACGGAUGUCACCACAGUAGCUGACUCCUCCACCUCCAUCAGCACUGCAGUAGAAGACAGUAGCUCAACGCUGGCGGUAUCCUACAGCACAGAAGAAGCCACGUCUGCAGAAGGAACCACCACCCCAACAACAGUUCAUCCUUCAUCCUAUUCUGCUAAGACCACGGAUGAAAGUACCACCACUACUGGCACACCGCCAGAAAAGACCACGUCAACAGGCCUCUCUUCCACCACCCCAGUGAGGUCCAGUAGCACUGAGCCAACACUCAGCCAACAACCAACAACGUUCCUCUUCUCUUCACUGCAUGAUUCGACAGCUAUCACUGGCACUUCAGAAGCUGGAAUCACGGAUUCUACUACUUUGGAAGAAGAAACAAGCCCUACCGUCCUAUCUUCAGCCUCUCGAGACAAAGCCACGCCCAUCACAGAAUCUGUUGCUACUUUGCAUACCAUAACCACAGCCAAAAGCUUUGCCACCCCCAACACUGGAGCAGAAAGAUACAUGCAUGCGUCUGUCUCUUCCACAGAACAUCCACCGAUCUUCAGCACCUCUGUAGAAGUCACCUCCACAGCCCUUGCAUCCACACUCUCAACUGUUCCCCCUCCAUCCACAUUCCCUUCUGCAGCCCUGCAGCCCCGCAGCAACUCACCUUGGACAGUUGCUGCUGGCCGUUCAACAGAGUUCAUUUCCCCAUCACUAGCUAGGACCACGGAUGAAAGUACCACCACUACUGGCACACCGCCAGAAAAGACCACGUCAACAGGCCUCUCUUCCACCACCACAUCAACUGAAACCACAGUUCAAACAGCGAAGUCCAGGAGCACUGGGCCAACACUCAGCCAACAACCAACAACGUUCCUCUUCUCUUCACUGCAUGAUUCGACAGCUAUCACUGGCACUUCAGAACCUCUAACCACGGAUUCUACUACUUUGGAAGAAGAAACAAGCCCUACAGUCCUAUCUUCAGCCUCUCAAGACAAAGCCACGCCCAUCACAGAAUCUGUUGCUACUUUGCAUACCAUGACCACAGCCAAAAGCUUUGCCACCCCCAACACUGGAGCAGAAAGAUCCAUGCAUGCGUCUGUCUCUUCCACAAAACAUCCACUGAUCUUCAGCACCUCUGUAGAAGUCACCUCCACAGCCCUUGCACCCACACUCCCAACUGUUUCUCCUCCAUCCACAUUCUCUUCUGCAGCCCUGCAGCCCCGCACCAACUCACCUCGGACAGUUGCCACUGGCAGUUCAACAUCUGGAAUGGCCACCAGCCCUGGUGCUUUAGGUGAUGUGGCUAGCAGCCCUACACCUGAAAUCCCAGAAGCCACCAGCACUAUGAUAGUAGAAACUAGCUCAAGAUCCCAGUCGCUAGCUCCUCAAGACAUAACCACAUUCGAAACCACAAAGCGUAGAGAACUGACUUCAGCGGAGGAGACCACCACUGCUUUUUCAGAAGUGACCAUCAGCCCUGCAGAAGAAACUGCUACUCCAACAAGAGUUCAUCCUGCUUCCUAUCCUGGUGAAACGAGCGUUGAGCCUACACCUUUUAUCCAAAGAAGUGCAGUCACUCCAACAGAAUCACUAGCUAAGACCACGGAUGAAAUUACCACUACUGCUGGCACACUGCCAGAAGAGACCACGUCGACAGGACUCUCUUCCACCGCCCCAUCAACUGAAAUCACAGGUCAAACAGUGAGGUCCAGUAGCACUGUUCCAGAAGUAACACUCAGCCAAAAACCAGCCAAAAACCAACCAAUGUUCAUCAGCAUUGCAGUAGAAGACAAUAGGCCAACACUGCUGGCAUCCCACAGUCCAGAAAAAGCCACAUCUGCAGAAGGAACCUCCACCCCAACAACAGCUCCUUCUUCCCAUCCUGGUGAAACCACCUCUGAGCUCACAACUUUUAUCCAAAGUUAUCAAGCCACUUCGACAGCACUCCUGUCCCCAUCAUCAGCUGCAACCAAGGGUGAAGGUAGCAUCCCUGUUGUCACAUCGCCAAAACAGACCACAUCAACCACAACUGAGCUCACAGCCACAACUGGAAGCUCCCCUGCCCUCACCUCAGAACCACAGAUGACCUUCACAACUACCUCCAGAGGUGAAGCUUUAUCUACCACCAGUAAAACUGCCAAGGUCACUUCAACAGUUGCUUCUUCCACUAUUUCACUGCUCCAAACCACAACAAGCAGCCCCAGUCUCACUACUACGGCACCAAAGGCAAGCUCAGCAGCACAACCCACCACCUCAUUGCUAAGCACAUUGCCAGCCAUGACAGCUGAGCCCUCCACAUCCGAAACUGCUGUGACUGCCACAAGGCUCAACACUUUGUCAGUCUCCAGUCCGUCUUCCUCUCCAGGUAAAUCCACAGCUCAGCUCACAACUGUUGCAGCACACAGCUCUCUCUCACCAACUGAAACGACAGCUGAAACCGGCACUCCAGCAGCUGUGACUUUCAGCACGACAGAAGAGAUCACCACCUCCAUUAGCAGUGCAGUAGAAGACAGUAGCUCAACGCUGCCAGUAUCCUACGGCACAGAAGAAGCCACAUUUGCAGAAGGAACCACCAUCCCAAAAACAGUUCAUCCUUCUUAUCCUGGUGAAACGAGCAUUGAUCCUACAUCUUUUAUCCAAAGAAGUGCAGUCACUCCAACAGAAUCACAAGCUAAGAUCACGGAUGAAAGUACCACCACUGCUGGUACACUGCCAGAAGAGACCACAUCAACAGGCCUCUCUUCCACCACCCCAUCAAUUGAAAUUACAGGUCAAACAGCGAGGUCCAGUAGUACUGCUCCAGAAGUAACACUCAGCCAAAAACAAACUAUGUUCAUCAGCACUGCAGUAGAAGACAAUAGGUCAACACUGCUGGCAUCCCACAGUCCAGAAAAAGCCACAUUUGCAGAAGGAACCUCCACCCCAACAACAGCUCCUUCUUCCCAUCCUGCUGAAACCACCUCUGAGCUCACAACUUUUAUCCAAAGUUACCAAGCCACUUCGACAGCACUCCUGUCCCCAUCACUAGCUGCAACCAAGGGUGAAGGUAGCAUCCCUGUUGUCACAUUGCCAAAACAGACCACAUCAACCACAACUGAGCUCACAGCCACAACUGGAAGCUCCCUUGCCCUCACCUCAGGACCACAGAUGACCUUCGCAACCACCUCCAGAGGUGAAGCUUCAUCUACCACCAGUAAAACUGCCAAGGUCACUUCAACAGUUGCUUCUUUCCACCAUUUCACUGCUCAAAACCACUGCAGCACCAAAGACAAUAGGGAAACCCACCGCCUCACAGCAAGCUACCACACGAACUACAAAUGCCACAAGGGCAACUGGUACCACCACAUCGUCAACAAAGCUCCUUCCGCAGCUCCAGGUGGAACCAAGAGGCCCCCGCCAAGGCCUUCCUGCCCUUCUCUACCUCCAAAUACAGGUGGGACCCAGGUCAUCUUGUCAAUGGGCUUGACCACUUCCCUGAAUAUCUCAGACCCCACGACCCAAGAGAUGGUUUUGAACAAGCUGAGUCACGACUUGAGAGCCAACUUCCCCUGCGCUGCCUUCAGUCUGAAAUGGAUAGAGCAGAUGAAGUAA